AUGGACAAGUCAGACAUAGAGACAGCGCAUGCUCUGCCGCCGUACAGCCUUUUCUUGGCCCUGGAUGGAGAGGCAGAGAAGGUCCAGCGCACUCCAGAGUCCCUCAGGGACCCGCUCACGUCUGCCAUUCUGCGUGAGUUUCCGAAUGAGGCGCUUUUGAAGCGCGACAGCUUGGCUAUCUUAGAAUGUCUGGCGAGCGAGUACGAGCUGGACAUCGCCUCUGUCGAGGCUGCGCAUGCGACGAACCGGGAGUUCACCAUGCUCAAGUCGCGAGGGUGGACCCCGUCGUUGGACUCUGUCUCAGCACGAUUUUGCCUGAGACAAUCCAACUGGUCCACGCGUGCCGCCGUGCCUUUGCUGGCCAGGCCUCGUCGGCAAGGCAAACCUCGUCGCCGUGGCAAGAUGGGGCAGCGUGUUGGUGGGGGACCUUGGCGAGCUUUUACCCACGACAAGGCGCGAGGCACCCGUAUGGAUCCCACGGCUCUGAGCCGUGAGUACAAGGCCUUGAGUGACGAGGAGUUUGCGAAGUACCGAGACGCUGGGAAGGCGGCAACGGCUGCGCAUCAGAUGGGUCUCCAGCCUUUUGCACGCGAGCCUGGCCAAGGUCUGCUACGCCUGCCAGCCAGCAUGGCAGCUGCAGCGGCCUUGGCGGAUGCGCCACAGCCUGGCACGAUGACAGCCACUGGCGCCAUC